AUGAGAUCGUACAUUGGAUUCACCACCAUUGUCGCUAUCCUCGCCGCUCUGGUCUCCGCCGCACCAAGUCUCGGCUUUGACCUCUUCAACUGGAACCGAUCAGAAUCGUCAUCACCAUCAUCAUCGGCGGAUGAAAGAUGCAUGACCCCAGACGAAGCAGAAACAACAGCCGACAUCUUCCGCAUGCUCAUCCAGGAAUACAGCCACGAGCUCGCAACAGAAGCCCUAACCGAAGACUUUGUCGACUGGGCGUCGUCUGUCAACAUCAUCAUCAACAAAGGCGCAGCGGGACCCAAAUCAAUGGAUAAGCCUACCUUUGCGAGUAGAGCUGCUUUCAUUGAUGGACAGGGCAAACAGCCGCAGAUUCCGUUCACGAAGAUUAGAGUCUGGCCGGGGUGUCGACAUGUUGCGAUGAGGUGGAAGACGGGGAAGAGUGCGAAUGGGCAUUUGACGGAGGUGGAUGAUAUCCCCGUCCACGGCCACGUCAUCAUCGAUGUAGUACCCGCCGAAGCAGGGAAUCGAUUCAACUGGAGGAUCAAGAAUAUCUGGUCGGAGUUUAACUCCGGAGCGUGGUUGGUUAAUCUGGGUGUUUUUAAGCCGGCGAUGUUGCCGAAUGCGGAUGAUGUGAGGCAUAUGCGGGAGUUUGGGGAUGGGGAUGGGGAGAAGCAGACGAAUACGUCUAUGAUGUCGCCGGAGGAAGAUGGGGUGGGGCAUAGCAAAGAGGUUGGGGACGAGGUGCAGGAGGCGCCCGUCGAGAAGCAGGAAACGCCCGUCGAGAAGCAGCAGUCGUCUACGAUGUCGCCGAAUCCAGACGCUGUGAGGCAUAUCGACAAACCUCCGGGGUGGAGUUGGAGUGCAGAAGACGCUCGUCAAGGUGCAGCAGGUUGUUAA